AUGGGGCAUUCACUCGGCAAGCAUACGUGCCCCAACUGCGGUAAGCAGUACACGUACAAAAGCGGCCUGAGCCAACACAUGAAGUACGAGUGCGGCAAAGAGGCCAUGUUUCAGUGUCCGCACUGUCCACACAGAUCGAAGCAGAAGGCAAGACGUUUGUUUGCGACAUCUGCCGUCGCGGAUUCAGCUGCUACACCGAUAUCUGGGCGCACAGGAAAUACGAGACGGGGCGAACCGGGCCGUUUCAGCUGCGAUAACUGUAAAAAGACGUACAGGUACUACAGCGGACUCUGGUCUCACAAAAAAUACGAAUGCGGCAAAGACCCACAAUUCGUCUGCCCCCAUUGCCCCUACAAAGCCAAGCUCAAGAGAAACCUUAAAACCCAUGUCGCUUGUAUUUUAACGUCUAGUGAUUUUUUUUUCACACCCACGCUCUCAAGAGUCGGCAGAUCGGUGGACGAAUUUGACCAAGUCUUCUGUCUUAAUUUAAAGGGCCUUAGGAGAAAUUCGAGUGCCAUGUCUGCGGAAAGUGCUACCGGAGCAGGACACGUAUGCUCCAAAUGUGGAAAGAGCUACCGCUACCACAGCGGACUUUGGCAGCACCAGAAGUACGAAUGCGGGAAGGAACCUCAGUUCGCCUGCACUUAUUGCCCUUAUAAAUCCAAGCUGAAGACUUUGCCGCCCUCCGAAUACGCGUGCAACUCGUGCGGAAAGACUUACAAACACAGCGGAAGCCUUUCGAAGCACAAGAAGUACGAGUGCGGACUUGAACCGCAGUUCUCGUGCAGUUUCUGCCCUUACAGAUCGAAACAGAAGGCCCCGAUCAAGUCGCACAUCAUCAAUAAACACUACGAGGAGUACAGGGCGUCGCUCAAGAUUCAGAUUUGUGAUAACCAAAACCAAAAUUUAACAUCUCGACUAGGCCCAGUGGUGAGGCUUCGGCCGAAAGAAAGACUGUACGAGUGCCCCGACUGCCCGAAAGCGUACCGACACCGGCAGAGCCUCCACAACCACAAGAAGUUCGAGUGCAGGGAUAAGCCGCGGUUUUUCUGCCCUCUGUGCUCCUUCCACGCCAAGUACCACAUCCACCUUAAGAGGCACAUGGCCACCGCCCACGCCCUCGCCGCAGGACCGCCACGCACAACCCAUUAG